UCUAACCUUGGCUGGUUUUUAUUGUAUAAUAAUCAGCUCUUUUCACGCAAGUUAAACCUUUACAGGCUAAAUAUCACUGUUCUAAAUCAGUCAGGUGGCUUAUAAAUGAGCAGUUUUUAUUAAAUCAAAUAAUUAUAUGUUGAACAAAAGGUAUAAGAUAUUCUCAAUGGGAUCUGCAGGCAAAUUUGUGCAAAUCAGAUCAUUGGUGCACAUUAUAGUUUAACUAUACAUAGCAGAAUGUUUGGCACAACUGCAAUGUAAUUUGACAAUUAUGUGUCUAAAAUAUGUACAACCUUUAGAAUUGAGUGUCAAAAUCUAACAGCCUAAUUUUACACAUUUUGCUUACUUGUUCUCCCUCACAAUGAAUGGAAUUGAGCUUGAUUUUGUAAAAUCUCCACUUACACUGAUUUCUGCAUACUUAUGCAGGGCAGUAAGUGACGAGCCCUCAUUUUUUUUUAGCAGUUUGAAUGAUGCUCCGAGAUGUCUUCAACCCAGCAUGAUAUCUGAAACGGUAACACAUUACAGUAAGGUUCCAUUCAUUAAAAAGUUAAUGCAUUAAGUAUAAUGAACUAACAAUUAACAGUUUUAUUAAUUAUUAAUAUUUGUUAAUGCUAGAUAAUAAAAAUACAGUUGUUCACUUUUGAUUUAAAAAAUGUACCACUGUAUGUUUGAUUUAACAUUAACCAAGAUAAAAAAAUUCUGUGCGUAGAUCCCACCCCCCCGCAACCUUGUGUAAAAGUAUUGUUCAUUGUUAGUUCAUAUUAACUAAUGUUAACAAAUGGAACCUUAUUGUAGUGUUACCUCUGAAACUGGUAAAGCAUGUUGUCUAACUGUAACUCCCCCUUGAAGGGCAAAACAUCAAUCCUGCUUCUGAAGUACAUACACUAUAUUGCCAAAAGUAUUCGCUCACCUGCCUUUAGACGCAUAUGAACUUAAGUGACAUCCCAUUCUUAAUCCAUAGGGUUUAAUAUGACAUCGGCCCACCCUUUGCAGCUAUAACAGCUUCAACUCUUCUGGGAAGGCUUUCCACAAGGUUUAGGAGUGUGUUUAUGGGAAUUUUUGACCAUUCUUCCAAAAGCGCAUUUGUGAGGUCAGACACUGAUGUUGGACGAGAAGGCCUGGCUCACAGUCUUCGCUCAAAUUCAUCCCAAAGGUGCUCUAUCGGGUUGAGGUCAGGACUCUGUGCAGGCCAGUCAAGUUCUUCCACACCAAACUCGCUCAUCCAUGUCUUUAUGGACCUUGCUUUGUGCACCGGUGUGCAGUCAUGUUGGAACAGGAAGGGGCCAUCCCCAAACUGUUCCCACAAAGUUGGGAGCAUGGAAUUGUCCAAAAUAUCUUGGUAUGCUGAAGCAUUCAGUGUUCCAGUUUCACUGGAACUAAGGGGCCAAGCCCAGCUCCUGAAAAACAACCCCACACCAUAAUCCCUCCUCCACCAAACUUCACAGUUGGCACAAUGCAGUCAGACAAGUACCGUUCUCCUGGCAACCGCCAAACCCAGACUCGUCCAUCAGAUUGCCAGAUGGAGAAGCGUGAUUCGUCACUCCAGAGAACACGUCUCCACUGCUCUAGAGUCCAGUGGCGGCGUGCUUUUCACCACUUCAUCCGACGCUUUGCAUUGCACUUGGUGAUGUAUGGCUUGGAUGCAGCUGCUCGGCCAUGGAAACCCAUUCCAUGAAGCUCUCUACGCACUGUUCUUGAGCUAAUCUGAAGGCCACAUGAACUUUAGAGGUCUGUAGCGAUUGACUCUGCAGAAAGUUGGCAACCUCUGCGCACUAUGCGCCUCAGCAUCCGCUGACCCCGCUCUGUCAUUUUACGUGGCCUACCACUUCGUGGCUGAGUUGCUGUCAUUCCCAAUCACUUCCACUUUGUUAUAAUACCACUGACAGUUGACUGUGGAAUAUUUAGUAGCGAGGAAAUUUCACGACUGGACUUGUUGCACAGGUGGCAUCCUAUCACAGUACCACGCUGGAAUUCACUGAGCUCCUGAGAGCGGCCCAUUCUUUCACAAAUGUUUGUAGAAGCAGUCUGCAUGCCUAGGUGCUUCAUUUUAUACACCUGUGGUCAUGGAAGUGAUUGGAACACCUGAAUUCAAUUAUUUGGAUGGGUGAGCGAAUACUUUUGGCAAUAUAGUGUACCUGCAGGCUUGUGCUUACCACCCAUGAAGUGCUGACUCAUUGAUUUACAUAUUUUGUCUUCAACAUCAAAGUCCCAUCAAUUCCCAGUAGUGACCUAAGUCCUGUUUACUAGGUUUAAUUUGUAGCCUACUCUUUUAAACACCAAAUAAGACAUCUCAUCACUACUUUGUCGAGUGUCUAAUGGCCAGGUGACUGUUGAAUUGCCACUUGACAUGUGACUGCAAGAUCAUGUUCAGACCCAAACUGUGUGCAUUGGAGCUUGUGAGGGGUAAAAAAAACAAAGAAAUACAGUAUUAAUACAGUAUUAAUAGAUUCCAAAUUUGGAUUAUGGAAAUGUAAUAGCUGAUAAACUGUUAAUUACUAUAAUUAUAUUGUUAUUGGAAUAUCUACACUUUGUUAAACAUUGUAAAAGAAAUGUCUAAUAACAUGCUGAUGAUCAUGUUACUGGUCCUCAGUGCACACAAUUUUCCUUUUGCCAGCUUAAAGGAAUGUUCUGUGUUCAAUACAGGUUAAGCUCAAUCAACAGCCUUUGUGACAUAAUAUUGCGUAAUAUUGGCUGUAACUUUACACUGAUAAGUUUAAUAAGUGAUUUUAGCACACUUAAAUCAUGUUAACACAUUAAAUGUUUAUAUGUUGUGGCUAUACUUUGGAAACAGUGUGUAUAUUAAUGUGUAUGGAUUGGCCCCAUUCACUUCCAUUGUAAGUGCCUUACUGUAACCGUGAUUUUUUGCUUAAACAUUCAACAUUUUGCCAAAAAUGCUGUAGAUUGAGCUUGCACUGAACAUGGAACAUUCCUUUAAAGGGUUAGUUCACACACACACACACACACACACAAAAAAAUCUGUCAUCAUUCACUCGCCCUUAUGUCGUUCCAAAUUGGUAUGACUUUCUUCUAUGGAACACAAAAGGAGAUGUAAGGCUGAAUGUUAAGGGCUAAUAGGUUCAGUCUCCCUGCAGUUUCAUUGCAUCUUUUUGUCAAUACAGUGAAAGUGAAUGGUAACUGAGGCUGUUAGUCCCUAGCAUUCUGCCUAACAUCUUUACUGUUCCACAGAAGAAAGAAAAUUGUUCGGGUUUGGAACAAAACGAGGGAACAGACCUGUCUGUUCAAAUUUGUCCCUCUAUGGUUACGAAGAAUUCAGGAAAAAAAAAAACUAUUAAUUAAAACAUAUUUGCGAUGUCUGACAGGUUAAUUCCCUUUACAAGAGUGUACAAUGGUUACUACAUUUAUUGUUACUGUAAAAUCAAAUAUUAGGUUUUCUUUAAAAAGUGCAAGAAUUUUGUUGCCUUUUUUUUUUUUUACGGAUUUAUUGUAAUGACACUAACUGUAACUAUUGUAUUUUGGUAGAAACUGUUAUCAUGGUAAACAUUUGUAAGGGUGUGAGCACAAACAAUUCUGUAAGAAGGUUAGGAGGUUUCAAUUAAAAAGACAAAUUGUAUGUGGCCAAAUACUGUAAGCACACAAGCCAAGGCUAUAUACCCUGGCCUGUUAUUUUUCCACUUCUCAAAGAGUGUAUUUGCUGUCUAUGGAAAUGAUCAUUAUGAAACUUCCCCUUCCCCAGAAUAACGUGGGUGUGACCUGUAGAUUUAAAACCGAAAACAGAGGCUGCUGGAUGCAAACAAUUAUUGACAGAAACGAUUUCACUUUUGUCUACGUUAACUCCAGAAAGUCUUGUGCUUGUUGGAAAAGCUAAAUAUUUAGCAUAUUUUGUAGAAACGUCUGUUGGUGAAUCUUACUGUGAGAAGAUUUAAGUUUCAGUAUCAGUCCGUAGACAAAGCAGCUCUCUGUCACCCUGAACAACGAGCCGCUGAUUGUUUCCUUCACUCACAAUGUCGGAUCAGCCAGUGACUUUACCCGUCUGUAGGAGACUUACGUAUGCCGUGGGACACUUCUUCAACGACCUCUGCGCGUCCAUGUGGUUUACCUAUUUACUGGUGUACUACCACUCGGUUCUCGGUUUCCAGGACACUAACGCAGGUGCGCUGCUGCUGGUGGGGCAGAUCGCGGAUGGGAUCUGCACGCCUCUCAUCGGCUAUGAAUCCGAUCGGACUUCGGGAUGUGGGACAUAUGGGAAAAGAAAAACCUGGCAUUUAGUGGGAACAUUAAGUGUUUUCGCCUCCUUCCUCUUCAUAUUUAACCCCUGUAUUGGAUGUGAUGAGGACACCCCACAGAUGGCAGGGCUCAUUUAUGUCAUCCCAUUUAUCAUCAUCUUCCAGUUUGGCUGGGCUGCCACCCAGAUAUCCCACUUGUCGCUUAUUCCUGAGCUGGUCACAUGUGAGCAUGCCAGAGUUGAACUUACAUCAUACAGAUAUGCUUUUACAGUGAUGGCCAAUAUCACUGUAUAUGCUGUGGCGUGGCUGUUGUUUCAAUUUCAGUCACAACAGAUGGAUGAUCCAUCUAUCUCUCAGAAUCUGGGCUGGGUCGAUGUUCCCACAUUCAGAUAUCUGGCCCUGAUUGUGUGGAGCAUCGGUACUGUUUUCUCCAUCAUUUUUCACCUGGGAACAAAAGAGAGAGUCCAGCCUCAUGUGAGUGAACCAGAUGCAGGGGAGUAUCAGCCUCUAAUUCCUCGCUCUUCCCCGAACUCCGGCGUUGUGCUCCAGUGGAAACACUGGCUUGUGGAGCCUGCCUUCUAUCAGGUUGCCGUACUAUAUAUGUGCACUAGACUGAUUGUAAAUUUGUCCCAAGCUUACAUCCCAAUGUAUUUGACAAAAUCCUUAUCACUGCCAAAGAACUACAUCGCAACUAUUCCCCUGGUCAUGUAUGUCUGUGGGUUUGUGUCUUCUCUGGUUAUGAAGCCUGUCAGUAAACAGAUCGGCACCUCUAUGACCUAUUUUGCUGGCCUUGUGCCAAUCAUGGCAUUUUCCUACUGGGUGUUACUGGAUAUGAACAUGGGCACACGGGUUUACGGAGCUGCCGUGCUGCUGGGUGCUGGAUCUGCUGUCAUUCUGGUUAUGUCACUAUCCAUGACUGCCAAUCUCAUUGGAGAUCAAACGCAAAGUGGUGCCUUUGUUUACGGUGCAAUGAGCUUCACAGAUAAGGUGGCCAAUGGACUUGCAGUGAUGAUAAUACAGGCCUUAUACCCCUGUCAUACACAGGAAUCCGAUUGCAUGUGGUUCUACCACAAUGUCAUGGUGAUUGUUACUGGGGGCGUGGCGGGUUUUGCAGCUCUCUGUCUCUGUACCAUCAUCAUCUGGCCAAUCACAAUUCGCCGACGUCUGGCUGUCAUCACAGGCCUGAUGGGUACACACGAAGAAGAAACAAACAGCUGUAGGGUCAAUGGAAGAUUAAACUGAUGGACUCUUGCAAUUGUAAACAAUCAGCACACUGUGGCAGAUCAGGAUGCACUGCAGAGAACUAUGUGUUCCAUUUUGUCACUUAUCAGGAACAAGGAAGAUGAGAAAAUGUGCUGUGGUCACGGGUGCCUGUUUCAGCACUUUAGAUAUGCAAGUUUCUGCAUUGUUCUUUGAUUCUCAAGAGAGUCUUUGUGUGUCGUAUUUUAAAAUAUGAGCUCAGGUCUGUCACAUGGAGAGAUGUCUCAAAUAAAGCAACAAUUAUAUGACACAUUCAAGAGACAUGUGGAAGUUCUGCUCUGCUGAAAUUUUCUAAAAAUUCCACUCAAGAUUGAAAACAAAUUCAGUUUGUAGGAAAAUGUUACAAAAGUUAAAGGUGAACUGUACAAUUUCUGCUCCACUAGCAUCAACUAACACUUGGUUGAGCCAGUGUUACUAUGCCAGGCUGGUUUCUUAAAGGGGAUAUGACAUAUUAUUUUUUAUAGUUUAUUAUUUUUCCUGAGGUCCUCUGAUAAUGUUAGUAAGGUAUUUUUUGCACCAAAACAGUCAUAAUUUAGUAAUAUGUUAUAUUUUCCACCCUAUCUCUGGCCCUUUGUCUGAAAAGCUCUGUUUUGGCCAAAGUGUAAAGGUAGCCAGCUAUUACGUGCUGUGCAGUGUGUGAAAACCUCACUCCCCUGGCCUCAAGAGGCGCACUAGUGACUGACAUUAGAAGCUGUAGCCUUUAGCCUCCUUGUUAGCGCACCCGUCUCCCAUGCCGGAGAAGCCGGUUUGAAGGUGCUCAAAUAAUACAACAAGAAUGGAACAUGAGACACAAAAACACGUCAUGGUAAUCAUGGUAUAUCUAUAUUCGCUUAAAAUUCCCAUAUGUGGACAGUAAAUUGUGACUGGAAUAUGAAUUAUGUAAUGCAGUUACAGUUGAAGUCAGAAGUUUACAUACACUUAGGUUGAAGUCAUUGAAACUAAUUUUUUAACCACUCCACAGAUUUAAUAUUAGCAAACUACAGUUUUGGCAAGUCGUUUAGGACAUCUAUUUGUGCAUGACAUGAGUAAUUUUUCCAACAAUUGUUUACAGACAGAUUGUUUCACUUUUAAUUGAUUAUAUCACAAUUCCAGUGGGUCAGAAGUUUACAUACACUAAGUUAACUGUGCCUUUAAGCAGCUUGGAAAAUUCCAGAAAAUUAUGUCAAGCCUUUAGACAAUUAGCCAAUUAGCUUCUGAUAGGAGGUGUACUGAAUUGGAGGUGUACCUGUGGAUGUAUUUUAAGUCCUACCUUCAAAUUCCGUGGCUCUUUGCUUGACAUCAUGGGAAAAUCAAAAGAAAAAAAUUGUGGACCUCCACAAGUCUGGUUCAUCCUUGGGAGCAGUUUCCAAAUGCCUGAAAGUACCACAUUCAUCUGUACAAUCAAUAGUACUCAAGUAUAAACACCAUGGGACCAUGCAGCCAUCAUACCGCUCAGGAAGGAGAUGCAGUCUGUCUCCUAGAGAUGAACGCAGUUUGGUGCGAAAAGUGCGAAUCAAUCCCAGAACAACAGCAAAGGACCUUUUGAAGAUGCUGGAGGAAACAGGUAGACAAGUAUCUAUCCACAGUAAAACGAGUCCUAUAUCGACAUAACCUGAAAGGCUGCUCAGUAAGGAAGAAGCCACUGCUCCAAAACUACCAUAAAAAAGCCAGACUACAGUUUGCAAGUGAACAUGGAGACAAAGAUCUUUUUUUGGAGAAAUGUCCUCUGGUCUGAUGAAACAAAAAUUUAACUGUUUGGCCAUAAUGACCAUCAUUAUGUUUGGAGGAAAAAGGGUGAGGCUUGCAAGCCGAAGAGCACCAUCCCAACCGUGAAGCAUAGGGGUGGCAGCAUCAUGAUGUUGGGGUGCUUUGCUGCAGGAGGGACUGGUGCACUUCACAAAAUAGAUGGCAUCAUGAGGAAGGAAAAUUAUGUGGAUAUAUUGAAGCAACAUCUCAAGACAUCAGCCAAAAAAUUAAAUCUUGGUCGCAAAUGGGUCUUCCAAAUGGACAAUGAAUCCAAGCAUAGCUCCAAAGUUGUGGCAAAAUGGCUUAAGGACAACAAAGUCAAGGUAUUGGAUUGGCCAUCACAAAGCCCUGACCUAAAUCCGUUAGAAAAUUUGUGGGCAGAACUGAAAAAGCGUGUGCGAGCAAGGAGGCCUAAAAACCUGAUUCAGUUACACAAAUCCUCCUUCUGGCUGGAGGAAUGAGCCAAUAUUCCAGCAACUUAUUGUGAGAAGCUUGUGGAAGGCUAUCCAAAAUAUUUGACCCAAGUUAAACAAUUUAAAGACAAUGCUACCAAAGUGUAUGUAAACUUCUGACCCACUAAGAAUGUGAUGAAUGAAAUAAAAGCUGAAAUAAAUAAUUCUCUCUACUAUUAUUCUGACAUUUCACAUUCUUAAAAAAAACCUAAGACAGGUAAUGUUUUCUAUGAUUAAAUGUCAGGAAUUGUGAAAAAAAAAAAA